AUGAUGCUGCGCACCGCCCGUCGGGCGCUCCACGCCCGGCGCUUUAGCUCCACCGCCGCCGACGACGUCACGCCCAAGACGCUCGGCAAGAUCUUUGCCUCGCAGAUGCACGAGCUCGAGGUCGAGAACACGCGCAACUUUAGCAUCGUGGCCCACAUCGACCACGGCAAGUCGACGCUUGCGGAUCGGCUCCUCGAACUCAGCGGCAACAUCACGACCAAAGAGCGCGAGUCGGCGCAGCACUUGGACAACCUCAAGGUCGAGCGGGAGCGCGGGAUUACGGUCAAGGCGCAGACUGCCUCGAUGCUCUAUCGCUGCAAGAAGACGGGCAAGCAGUAUCUUCUCAACCUCGUCGACACGCCAGGCCACGUGGAUUUUAGCUACGAAGUAAGCCGGUCGCUCAGCGCGUGCGAAGGCGUCUUGCUGCUCGUGGAUGCGUCCCAAGGCAUCCAAGCCCAGACGCUGGCAACGUACCACGCGGCCAAGGACCUCGGGCUCCGCGUCGUGCCGAUUCUCACCAAGAUCGACAUGCCGCACGCACAGCCCGAGGAAGGCAUGUUGAGCCUCUCGGCGCUUCUGGAUGUCGACCCCGAGUCGGUGCUGCUCACGUCCGCCAAGAGUGGUGUUGGUAUCGACGAGGUGUUGCCGGCCGUCAUCGAGUACCUUCCGCCGCCCAUCGCGAACCGCAGCGCGCCGCUCAAGUGCCUCCUCGUGGACUCGUACUACGACGACUACCGCGGCAUCGUCUGCCUCGUCAAGGUCGUCGACGGCUGCUUGGCACCGGGCGAGAAGGUGACGAGCGCAGCGACCAAGACGUCGUACGAUGUGCAGGAGGUUGGCGUUCUCUUGCCGCACCGCUUCCCGACCAAAGGGCUCUACGCGGGCCAGGUCGGCUACAUCAUUGCUGGUAUGAAGACGACGACCGAGGCGCGGGUCGGUGACACGUUUCACCAUCCUGGCAAGCCCGUCGAAGCGCUGCCGGGGUUCCAGGAAGCCAAAAGCAUGGUGUUUGCCAGCAUGUACCCGACGGACGAGUGCACGUUCGACGACCUCCGCACGGCCAUGGGCAAGCUCACACUCAACGACGCGAGCGUGACGUCGCAGGUCGAGAACAGCGGCGCCCUCGGCAUGGGCUACCGCUGCGGCUUUCUCGGGCUCUUGCACAUGGAGGUCUUCCACCAGCGGCUCUCGGACGAGCAAAACAUGCAAGUGCUCGUGACCGCCCCCAUGGUGCCCUACACGGUCAUUGAUGCCGACGGCGAGCGCACCAAGGUCGAGACGCCCGGGGAGUUUCCCGAGUCGACCAAGUACUACCGCGUCGAAGAGCCGAUGGUGGAAGCGUCGAUCAUCACGCCCGCCGAGUACGUCGGCGCUAUCCUCAUCUCGACCAACGAACGCCGCGGCGAGCAAACCAACAUGGUGUACCUUGACGACAGCCGCGUCGCGCUCACGUUCCGUCUCCCGUGGCAAGAGGUCGUGACCGACUUUUACAACGAGCUCAAGACCGUCACGUCGGGCUACGCGUCGCUCAACUACCGCGAAAUUGAGCCGCAGGAAGCCGACAUUGUCAAGGUCGACGUGCUCAUCAACGGCAAAAUCCUCGACGCGCUUUCGUUCGUGUGCCACCGUUCCAAGGCGACGGCGGCUGGCCGCGCGCUCUGCCUCAAGCUCAAGAACGUCAUUGACCGGCAGCAGUAUGAGAUCAACAUCCAGGCGACGCUUGGCGCCAAGAUCUUUGCCAAGGAGCGCAUCCCGCCGUUCCGCAAGGACGUUUUGAUCAAGUCGGGCAAGCAGGUCGGCGGCGGCGACAUUACGCGCAAGCAAAAGCUGCUCAAGAAGCAAAAGGAGGGCAAGAAGCGCAUGAAGACGGUCGGCAACGUGCAGCUCUCGCAGAACGCGUUCUGGUCCGUCCUCUCCAAGUAG